UGUUGAUAACGUAUAAAAGAGGAUAUUACUUGCAUUGUCCGUUGUUAGUCACGGUAGCACAGUGAUCACGGACGGAUUAAAACUUCUGCAACAUCCCGACAGUAUGAAGAUGCUAAUUGGAAUUCUUGGUUUAACCCUGGUGGUGAGUGUGCUUGCAGCUCCCUUGGAUGAUGCCAGAAAUGCGGAGAUUUUGCGAUACAGCAGUGAAAAUAUCGGUAUCGAUGGAUAUCGGUUCGAAUUUGCCACGAGUGAUGGUACCAGUCGCACGGAAGAGGCAGAACUGCGUAAUCCUGGCACGGACAAUGAGGCGAUUGUGGUCCGAGGAUCCUAUACCUACACCGGUUCUGAUGGAAGAAUCUAUACGAUAAAUUAUGUUGCGGAUGAGAACGGUUUCCAACCGGAAGGAGAACACAUUCCUAAGUAGGUCAGCAUGCGUAAGAAACAGAGCAUAACCACAACGGAGCAACAACAACAAAAAAAACGUUCUCAAAAUUAAGGAUCUAUACAACUGUUUAGCGCAGCUGUUCCUUUUUUCUUUUGAGGUGGUAACUAACACUUUUAAAACCUCAACACUCACCAGUUAUCCAUCCCGUGCUCUGUUGCCAACACGUUAAAGAACAAACCAAUAAAUUCAUGUUUAUCAGUGA